AUGUUCUUCGCGUUCGUAGCCACCGCAGCCCUCUCGCCGCAGCCGCCACCUUCCCGCGCCGGACGGCGCGAGGUGCUGUUCGCCGUGGCCGCCGGCUCACUUGCCGCGCCGUCUGCUCUGCUUUCCGCCCCGCGCCAGGCCCGUGCCUCCUAUGCGAUGUACCAAGCGUCUCAGAAGAGCUUCGACGAGCGCAAGGCGGACAAGAACUGGAAGCCCGUGGCCACCUCUGAUCGCGACUCGCUCGCCCAGGCCCAGUCUCAAGUGGCAGCGCUCCGCGCCUACCCAGCGGCGCGCUCCGCGCGUGCUUUCCAGCGGCGCGCUCCGCGCGCGGCCGUGCUCUCACGUCGCCGGAGCUACCUCGGCUAUCGGAACCAUUUUACAAGUUUGCCCGCCGACAUCCCGGCGCACUUUGGCAACCGGCGGCAACGACUUGCGGCGUCAGCAUUCGAACGCACCAGCGCGCUCCGCGCGCACCAUAAUCUCAGUGCCUAUGCUUAUAGCCACUAA